AUGGUCUUCUACGUCAUGCCCUCCCAGACUCCGAUUCAGAUUCACUCCUCCUCCGACUCCAAGACCUCCUACGCCGUCAUCUUCGACGCUGGCAGCUCCGGCAGCCGCGUCCACAUCUUCUGCUUCGACCACAACCUCAACCUCCUCCCCAUCGGAAAAGAUCUCGAGCUCUUCCUCCAGACCAAGCCCAGUCUCAGCUCCUACGCCUCCAACCCUCGCAGCGCCACCCUGUCGCUCUCAGAUCUCUUCCACAAGGCCGAAGCCGCCGUUCCUAAGGACCUGUGUCCCUUCACCCCCGUCCGCGUCGGCGCAACCGCGGGCCUCCGGGUGUUAGGUGUUGAUGCAUCUAAUCGCAUUCUCCAGGCCGUUAGAGAUUUGCUCAAGCAGUCAAGCUCCCUCAGCUCCCAACCUGAUGCUGUUACUGUCAUCGACGAAACUAAAGUUUACUGGAGGUAG